UCAAAAUCUCACUCAUACACACAUUAAUAACAGCAGGCUUCUCACGUUUCUUUGCACAAGCACAUAUAAAUGCUCCCUCCACACCUCUGUAACUAGUAUACCAAAUGACACCCAAGGAAACGUUGGAACUUCUCCCAACACAACAGAUGGCACUGUUGAGGUCAUGCACUCUGUUCAUCCUGCUGGUGCUGCAGCACUGCCUUCCCACUGCCCAUGCUGAGAAGGUUCCAGAACACACCAGCUACUGUUAUCCAGGUGUACCUGGGACUCCUGGCCACAACGGUCUGCCUGGGAGAGAUGGGAAAGAGGGCGUGGCCGGCCAGAAGGGGGAGAAGGGUGACAGAGGCAUGAUGGGUGCACAGGGGCCUCCUGGAAAGUUUGGUCCAGCAGGCCCAGCGGGUCCAGCAGGUCCAGUGGGUGCACCAGGCCCAGUUGGUCCAACGGGUCCCAAGGGUUUGAUGGGUCCAGUGGGCCCAAGUGGACCGAAGGGGGAGAAGGGAGAACGUGGCCCUGCAGGACCCCUGCCUGCCAUAAACCUGGUGGAACUGCAGUCAGAGCUUCAGACACUGAAAGCCACUUUCAACAAAAUAACACAGUUCCACUUCACAAAAAGGGUUGGAAAGAAAUUCUUUGUGUCAGAUAAGAAGUUGGGGACGUUUGAUGAAGCUGUUACAUUGUGCAGCUCUGUCGGUGGGGUUCCUGCCCUACCGACCAACCUGGAGGAAAACCGAGCGCUUUCCGGAUUUCUGUCUGGCUCCGAGUACGCCUGGCUCAGCGCAAACGACAGGAAAACCGAGGGCAAAUUUGUGGACUUACAGGAGAAAGAAUUCCGGUUCAGUAGCUGGAAAGAUUCAGAACCAAACAACUACAAAGGACAAGAGGACUGCGCUAUCUGCUACUCUGAUGGCAAAUGGAAUGAUGUCAGAUGUGAAGCAACCUAUCUUAUUGUUUGUGAGAUUUAAAGGGAAGGGAAAAUUCAUUUAAUACUCAUAUUUGUAUUCGCAUCUAGAUGUGUGUGUGUGUGUAAGUGUGAUAUCCAAUCAUACGAGCCUUCAGCUGAAAGGGCAGCCAUACUGGUUGGAACAAUACUCAGAAAGAAGUUUGCUUCAUAAAUAUUGGUGUAUAACCAUAUAAGCCAAUGAACCACAGGAAAUGUGUUAUCUGUAGGGCCAACAGUUUGUUUCCACCAUGUGAACUGCAGGGAUUUGAACUUGUAUUUCAAUAGUUAUCCUCCAGGGGUCCCCAUAGCACUCCAACAUCAAUGUAAAGUGACUAAUUGUGCAAUUGUGUUUCUAAAUGAGACACUUAUAAAAACAAUUUGUUGAUCUAAUACUGCGGCUCUCCAGGACCAGGACUGAGUAUCACUGCAGUGAUGAGAAAAAUGCACCCAAAUGAAGCAGUGGAGUCCAAUAUUAUCCUAAAAGAGUUGGUGCGGGUGCAGGUUUUUAACCCAGCACUAAAGCUUUUCCACCGCAUGGUACCGGCUCAACUCGACUCGACUCUACUCUACUCACUUUUGGUACCAGGUACUUUGUUUUCCACUGCAGAUAGUACCCCCGUCAAUGUAGCUGGUCGCCAUAGCGACGCCCCAUGAACCUGCCAUGAUGUCAUCUUCAACGGGACACGCACAGGAACAAUGGAGGAUAUCGAACGGAUGGUGUUCUUGAUUCUCGGUAUGUGGCUGUUUGUCACAGCAAGGAGACAAAUUUUGUUUCAGAGGAGGCUGAAGGCAGCAAGACAAAAGACUGCUGAAAAAAACAGGAGAGUUUGGGAAAUCCUACAUCAGAGCUCAGACGACGAGACAAAUCUGGUUGUUCAAAGACGACGCAAGAGGAUUAGUGACGAUUCUCUCUGACCAAUCAGUGGUCUGCAGUGUUUUCACGUCACCUUUUGGUAUCGCCUCAGCUCGCUUGGAACCUCGACGGAGGUGAUACCAAAAAAAAGUACCAGGUACCAGAUACUAUCCACAACUUUUGCCCGAUGGAAAAGCAAAAAAGUCGACUAGAGUUGAGUCGAGUUGAACCGGUACCAUGUGGUGGAAAAGCGGCUAAAGAUACCUGAUUCUACUCAGAGUCUUGAUUGAGGACCUUUAUUAGUUGAAUCAUGAAUUCAUUUUUUAUUACCCUUUUUGUGCAAGUUAAAUGUUAUAUAACUGCUCUCAUUUUUAAUGUUGGCAUUUCCCACUGCUUCUAACAAAACAUAUUGUUUCCCUGAACAACAUUUAAAAAUCUGCAGUAUGUUCAUGGUAGUAAGUAAUUGAACUGAAUUUGUGUCGCUUAUAAACAUUGCUGUGUCAUCAUCUGUGCUUAAUUAGUGGCAAUUAGUUUAUCAACCUAGAUUACUGAGAUGGUGCAAAUUAGAUAAUUGUUUGAGAAGGGGUUUAACAAAGAGGCCAUCGCUACCUCUAGCGCACAGGUGUCAAGCUCCAGUCCUGGAGGGCCGCAGUGUCUGCUGGUUUUUUGGGGUGUUCUCGACACAAGUGGUUCAUUAAAGUCAUUGAUUGGCUAAUGAAACCACACACCUUGUUCUCAGGGCCUUAAUUGGCAGCUGAUUGAAAGGAAAACACAAAAACCUGCAGACUCUGCGGCCCCCUUGGGAUUCAGUUUGACACCCCUGCUCUAGCGGGUGGAUAACUGCAAGAAAACGAGGGGAGACAAACUGGUGGCCCUGGUUAUGUCAUGUGUAUACUAAGCCAAGUUACCACUGGGAAAAUUUUCCAUGUGUAUACCAUUCUACCUUGCAAAACCAUAAAAAUAAAAAACAA